AUGGAUGAAUUAACAAAGAAAAAACGUAUACGCGCAGGACAUAGAGGUUCAGCAACAAAGAUUGUCUCAAAGAUAAAAGAAAAAUUGACGAACUACAACAGCGAGUGCGAGACAGACAAAAAUGCCUUGAAACAACUGCGAGACACUUUAAAGGAUAAGAUCGAAGCCUUAAAGAAUCUCGACGCAAUGAUCAUCGAAUUGUUAAGUGACAGUAAAGAUGAAGACGCAGAAGAGGAACUGGCUAAAGAAAUCGAGGAGUCAGACGACAUUAUAGCGGACAUGCAAAAGGUUAUCCGUGACAUAUCCGAUGUGACAAACGAAGCCAUUGUUCAAAGCGCAACAGUGACAGAUGAUACUACAUUGAACAGCAGCUUGUCUAGUGAGACAAAAAAGAUUAUUCGCGCUAAACUCCCGAAACUGGAAGUAAAAAAAUUUGGUGACAAACUGCAAGAGUGGCAAGAGUUUUGGGACUCGUUUGACAGCGCCGUAAACCAAAACGAAGGCUUAGCGGAUGUCAACAAGUUCGCGUACUUGAGAAGCCUAUUGAUUGAGCCAGCCAGAUCAGCUAUUUCGGGGUUUGCACUUACAUCGGCGCACCAACUAUAA